UUCUUUUUUUAUUCCUCAAUUGAUUGAUAUUCGGCCCUCCCUCAGAUCACCUCGCGGCAUUGCAUUCCAUUGUGUUCGUGGGCACAAUUAUCUGAUACUGAUUCGCACCGCCAUUAUCUUCUCCCUCUCUCGAAUGCUGUGACUUUUGUGUUGCGGUGUCGUAUAUUAGUAUAUUACUAUAAAUACCUUGACCUCCAAACUAAAGCUCUACUCAUUAUCGGCCAUCGCUACCUGCAGAUCAAUUGCAGUGUGUAUCUCUUUAAUCUCUACGUAGCCACUCUCCUCCUCAUUAUCAUGGGCUUAUUAAACACUGGACAUGAUCAGACCAAUCAACAAAAGGAUAUCGGUACCGCUUUGAAGAAUGGAAAGGAAAUACUCUUUCAGGGAUUCAACUGGGAGUCUCACAAGUACAAUUGGUGGGAGAAUCUAGAGAGCAAAGUUGGAGAGAUAGCCAAAGCUGGAUUCACUUCCGUUUGGUUGCCACCACCAACUCAUUCCUUCUCACCUCAAGGCUACACUCCACAGAACCUUUACUCACUCAAUACUAAUUAUGGCUCCGAGCAUCACUUGAAAGCUCUGCUUGCUAAGAUGAAGCAACACAAACUCAGAUCCAUGGCUGAUAUUGUCAUCAAUCAUCGUGUUGGCACCACCCAGGGACGUGGAGGAAUCUACAACCGUUUUGAUGGAAUCCCACUCUCUUGGGAUGAGCAUGCUGUCACUUCAGAUACCGGUGGACUUGGUAACAGAAAGACCGGCGCCAUAUUCCAGGGGUUCCCCAAUAUUGACCACACCCAAGACUUUGUGAGAAAGGAUAUCAUAGGUUGGCUAAGAUGGCUGCGCCAUAACGUAGGCUUUGAGGAUUUUCGUUUUGAUUUUGCAAAAGGGUUUUCAGCAAAAUAUGUGAAAGAAUAUAUCGAAGCAGCAAAGCCAUUGUUCUGUGUAGGGGAGUACUGGGAUUCUUGCAACUACAGAGGUUCUUCUUUGGACUAUAACCAGGACAGCCAUAGGCAGCGAAUAAUCAAUUGGAUUGAUGGCACUGGACAGCUUUCAGCUGCAUUUGACUUCACAACAAAAGGAAUUCUCCAGGAAGCUGUGAAGGGAGAAUUUUGGCGUCUGCGUGAUGGUCAAGGGAAGCCGCCGGGUGUGAUAGGAUGGUGGCCUUCAAGAUCAGUCACGUUUGUGGACAAUCAUGAUACUGGCUCAACUCAGGCUCAUUGGCCGUUCCCCUCUGAUCAUAUUAUGGAGGGAUAUGCAUACAUAUUGACUCAUCCUGGGAUACCAACAGUUUUCUAUGACCACUUGUUUGAGUGGGGCAACUCCAUUCGUAACCAGAUAGCGAAGCUGAUUGAUGUACGGAAGCGGGAAGGUAUUGAGAGUAGAUCAUCGGUGAGGAUAUUGGAAGCGAAACAAAACCUAUAUUCAGCGAUAAUCGGAGACAAGGUGUGCAUGAAGAUUGGAAGUGCCUCAUGGUGUCCAUCUGCAUCUCACACCCAGUGGGAACUAGCAACCUCUGGCCACAAUUAUGCUGUAUGGCGCAAGCAGUAGAACAUAGAGACAUUAUGAUACAUGGGAAAAAAAUCACAAUUCAAUACUUACAUAUGUGUGCUCAACUAUACCUACUUUGCUCCUUUCUAUAUCCCUUACUAUAACAAUAAGCUAGUAGCUCUGCUCGCCCUUUCUUCUGUAACAAAAAUAACAUGCUCUUUUCAUCACUAAUAUAUAUAUUAUGCUUUUUUCUA